AUGGGCCGGUCCCGAGGACGAUGUCGCGUGUGGGGCUGGAGGUCAGGACCAUGCCUGCGGCGUGGUGAUGGGGUGAACGCUGGUGUCCUAACAACCUGGGUGCGGGAUGGAGGGGGACACAGCUGCCGGCGUGGACUGUUGGGGGACACACCUGCCGGCGUGGACUGUUGGGGGACACACCUGCCGGCGCGAACUCUGGCGGGGACACAGCUGCCGGCGUGGACUGUUGGGGGACACAGCUGCCGGCGUGGACUGUUGGGGGACACACCUGCCGGCGCGGACUCUGGCGGGGACACACCUGCCGGCGUGGACUGUUGGGGGACACACCUGCCAGCGCGGAGUGAAUGGGGGGACACAAAUGCCGUCGUGGACUGUUGGGGGACACACCUGCCAGCGCGGAGUGAAUGGGGGGACACAAAUGCCGUCGUGGACUGUUGGGGGACACACCUGCCGGCGCGGACUCUGGCGGGGACACACCUGCCGGCGCGGACUGUUGCGGGGCCACAGCUGCCGGCGCGGAGCGAAUGGGGGACACAGGUGCCGGCGCGGACUCGAGGGGACAGGGCUUUGACGGAAGGCUGGGGGGGCGGGGACCAUCGUGACACCGGCCAAGCGGCCUCGGGGCCACGCGGGCCGGCGCCGCGACGCGGCGGCGGCGGCGGCGGCGGCGCGGGCCCGGGGCCCGAGGCCGGGGACUUCCUGGCCCGCUACCGGCAGGUGUCCAGCAAGCUGCGGAAGCGGUUCCUGCGGAAGCCGAACAUGGCGGAGGCGGGCGAGCAGUUCGCGCAGCUGGGCCGCGAGCUGCGCGCGCAGGAGUGCCUGCCGUACGCCGCGUGGUGCCAGCUGGCCGUGGCGCGCUGCCAGCAGGCGCUGUUCCACGGGCCCGGGGAGGCGCUGGCGCUGACCGAGGCCGCGCGCCUCUUCCUGCGGCAGGAGCGCGACGCCCGCCAGCGCCUCGCCUGCCCCGCGGCCUACGGGGAGCCGCUGCAGGCCGCCGCCAGCGCGCUGGGCGCCGCCGUGCGCCUGCACCUGGAGCUGGGCCAGCCGGCCGCCGCCGCCGGCCUGUGCCUCGAGCUGGCCGCCGCCCUGCGCGACCUGGGCCAGCCGGCCGCCGCCGCCGGCCACUUCCAGCGCGCCGCGCAGCUGCACCUGCCGCAGCUGCCCCUGGCCGCGCUGCAGGCGCUGGGCGACGCCGCCUCCUGCCAGCUGCUGGCGCGCGACUACAGCGGCGCCCUGGCCGUCUUCACGCGCAUGCAGCGCCUGGCGCGGGAGCACGGCAGCCACCCGCUGCGGCAGCCGCCCCCGGCCCCGCCGCCGCCCGCCCCGCCGCUGCCGCCCCCCGGCCCGCUGGCCCCGGCCCGCCCGCCCGCCGCCCCGCUGCCUGCCGGCGCCGCGCCCGCGCCCGCGCCCGCCACGCUGGGCGCCUUCUCCGACGUGCUGGUCCGCUGCGAGGUGUCCCGCGUGCUGCUGCUGCUGCUGCUGCAGCCGCCGCCCGCCAAGCUGCUGCCCGAGCACGCCCACACGCUGGAGAAGUACUCCUGGGAGGCCUUCGACGGCCACGGGCCCGACGGCGGCGGCCAGCUUCCCGACGAGCUCUUCCUGCUGCUCCAGUCCCUGGUCAUGGCCACCCACGAGAAGGACACGGAGGCCGUCAAGUCGCUGCAGGUGGACAUGUGGCCGCUGCUCAGUGCGGAGCAGAACCACCUGCUGCACCUCGUUCUGCAGGAAGCCGUGUCCCCGUCGGGGCAGGGCGUCUGACGGACGAGUCGGCGCGCGCCAGCCGCGAAGCCGCUUUCCGCCUCUGGCCGCGUGCCCGGCAUCUGCCCCGCCGUCCGACCGCGGGCGGGCGGGCGGGCGGCGGUGCCCACGGACGGGCGGGCAGGGGCCCGGCACUUGCACACCUGUCUUGCUCCUCGCCCGCCCGAGGGCCUCCACCGGACGCCGCUGGACUGCAGGCUCCCGCGUCCCACAGACUUCGUGCCGUCACUGGCGCGGCAACCACCCCAGCAUCACGGGGUCAGCCUGGAGGACUUGGCUCUCUCCCCCAAGGCUGGCCACGGGACACCGAGCGGCCCCUUUACCCCUGCCUGGCCUCCUCUUGCACCCAACCCCCCUGCGGGCCCCCACCCCCACCCCCGUACACCUCUGUUGCAAGUUGGACGGUUGGACGUUGCACACGGCUCUCGGUUCCAUUUUUUUUUUCCCCCCGUCGGGGAUCUGCUUUAGCGCAGGCCGGUGUCUCUCCAGGUGCUCACCCAGGUUCUCCUUUGUUGCCCACGCCCCACGCGUACCCCUGGGGAGCACUAGAUGGCAUGGGCCCUCGGGGCUGCUGCCCUCAAUCCACAAUAAAGCCGUUCUGAUGCCC